UUUUCAGAGUGGGACUGUGAUUUCUUUUAAUUUGAAAACAAUCAACUUCCUCUUCUUGUAACAGUAAAAUAUCACCACAGCAGGACAGACUCCAUCUGUCUACUGCAAUGGAAUUUGGUCACAUUCUCAUGUUCUUCAUGAUCUCUAGCACAGGGUUCAGUGCUGAGAUCUCUUUGUUUGUUCAGACGGGAGAUUCUGUUCAACUGGAUAUACAGACACAAGAACUACCAGAGUUUGAUGAUUUAUCCUGGAGAAAUAAUAAAUCAGAGAAUAUGGUUAAAUAUUUUCAUAAAACUAAAGAAGUAAGACUUCACUCUUCCUACAAGGACAGAGUGGAUUUCAAUAAUAAAACCUUAUCUCUGACACUGAAGAACAUGCAGAAGACAGACAGUGGACUCUACACAGCAAGAACAAGUGGAGAAUCAGACAAUAAUAUUGUUACAUACAGAGUAUCUGUUAUAGAUGCUGUGGAGGCUCCUGUGCUGACUGUGAACUCAAACUGGUCCAGCAGUGACUCCUGUACUGUGAACUUCACAUGCAGAGCUCAUGAGCUCAUGAUUGACUCUAGCUAUCAGAACAACAGAUGCUUUCCUGAAAAAGAAACAUCACAGAUCAACACUCUCAUCCUGGACUGCAGUGAGGAAUCCAUCAUCUGUAACCACAGCAACCCUGUCAGCUGGAAAAAAGACAGAAUAAACAUCACACAGCUUUGUUUUAAUAAAGAGAACGACUCAAAGAAUAUCCAGACUGGUUCAUCUCUCCUGGGGCCAGUAGUUGGUUUGGUGGCAGUGUGCAUUUUGAUAUGUCUUUCAGUCUUUCUGUACUGCAAGUAUAAAAAAGGGUUCAGUGCUGAGAUCUCUGUGUUUGUUCAGACGGGAGAUUCUGUUCAGCUGGAUAUACAGACACAACAACUACCAGAGUUUGAUCUUUUAUCCUGGAGUAAUGAUAAAUCAGAGAAUAUAGUUAAAUAUUUGCAUGAAACUAAAGAAGUAAAACUUCACUCUUCCUACAAGGACAGAGUGGAUUUCAAUAAUAAAACCUUCUCUCUAAAACUGAAGAACAUGCAGAAGACAGACAGUGGACUCUACACAGCAAGAACAAGUGGAGAAUCAGACAAGAAUAUUGGUACAUACAGAGUAUCUGUUAUAGAUGCAGUGGAAGCUCCUGUCCUGACUGUAAACUCAAACUUAUCCAGUCCUGACCCCUGUAACUAUACAUGUAAUGGAAGUAACAUUAUCAUCAGCUUCAUCUAUAAUAGUAGCAGCUGUUCUCCAGAGGAAGUGACAUCUGAUCACUACACUCUAAGACUGAGCUGCAUUGGUGACUCCAUCAUGUGUAACUACAGCAACCCAGUGAGCUGGAAGACUGACACAAAGAAGGUUAAUGAACUCUGUACUGUUAAUCAAAGUACAUACUGUAUCCACUCUGACCUGUAAAUACACUCACAAAUGAAGAAACAGUGUCACUCACAAGCUGCUCUAGUACAUUUUGUAGAACAACUUUGUAGAAUGUGCUAGAAAGUGUCAGAAAGUGUAUUUUGAGGAAUUGAAGUGGUUUAUUCCAGCACUGUUGCUGUGAGAAAGGCAGGAUGUGGUGCAAAGUUGAAGCAUAGUAAAUUGUUGCAUGCAAAACUGUCUUUGUGUAAAAGUUUAAAAAUCUUUGUGUAAAUAUCUAUUAAACACCUUUUUGUGUAAUUUACAUAAUACAUACAAACACACAUACAUAUGGCAUAUAAUAAUGAGAUGGAGAGAUGUUUGUUGAAAUGUGUUUCUACACUUAACUUGAGUUUCCAUCAUUUUGUUUUUUGAUGUUUAUUGCUCUUUUGUUCUAUUUCUGAUUAAAACCCAGAACCUCUGAGGCUCAGCA